AUGGCUUCCGCCUGGGAGAGGAAACAUCAGCGCUCAGAGCUGGAGGAAGCGGCAACUUUCGUCCCCAGGCUCCUCGCCGAGUGUGCCCCCGUGAGCCGCGUUCCCAUUCAGAAUAUCGUCGGAGUGCUGCUCUUUGCGGAUAUUUCAGGUUUCACUGCUCUGACAGAGAAAUUCAUCCGGAGGAGCGGCACAGCCAGAGGCACUGAUGAGCUGGUGCAAACCCUCAAUUACUACCUGCGUGACGUUUUGGAGGAGAUGCUGAUUUUUGGAGGAGACAUCUUGAAGUUUGCCGGGGAUGCUGUGCUGGUGCUGUGGAGAACACAACCCCAGGAGCUGGCUAAGACCAUCAGCCUGGUGCUGCAAUGUAGCCAGCAGAUCCAGGCGAAGUACGGCGGUCGCGACACGCACGUGGGUCAGAAGAUGCGACUGAAGAUAGAAAACCAGCUGCGACCUGCCUGCAUGUACACGGAGCAGGCAGUGAUCAAACCCGCUGUUUUGCUGGGUUUCUGGGGCAGGCAGCUGGGGAUCUCUGCAGGGCCCAUGAGCCUCCUGCUUGUCGGAGACAGGAGGCAGAAGUACUUCUUUAUCUGUGGCAAGGUCCUGUCUGAAGUUUGUGAGGCCGAACGGCUUGCGAAUGCAGGUGAAGUUAUCCUCUCGGCCCCCUCCUGGGAGCUCUGCGAGCAGCGCCGGCUCAGGACCCAGCGUCUUGCAGGCCAAAGAGCCGUGAAGGUUAUGGGCAUGGUUCAGAUGUCUCGGUCAGAAUGCCAAGAAAUUUUACGCAAGCUUGUACAACAGCCGGUGAGCCACGGCUUGGAAAAGGAAGGUGCCAUGAGGCCGGCUUUUUUCCGCUCUCAUCCUAACGUGGAGGAGGUGCCUAGGGAGUACGUACCAGAAACUGCUCUCCGGAAGUUUGAUGACAGAGCGCCGCUGGACCUCUUCUCUGAGCUACGGCCAGUCACCAGCCUCUUGGUCCAACUGCGGGUUGCUGCGGAUAUGGACACAGAGGCUCUCCACACAAUCCUCAACAACGCCACCAGGAUGAUGCUAGAAGUCCUCCGUCCUCACGAGGGCAAAAUCAACAAAAUCCUCCUGUUUGAUAAAGGCUGCAUGUUCCUCUGUGUGUUUGGACUCAGUGGAGAAAAGCUCCUCUACGAGAGUAUUCACGCCUUGCAGAGUGCUAUUCAGAUCUUCAACUCCUGCUCCACCCUGCUCGGGGAAAAAGAGGCAGUGUCUGUCGCAGUUACCGGCGGGACGGUGUUCUGUGGAGUCAUUGGCCACCCUGGCAGGCAUGAAUACACAGUCAUUGGCCAGAAGGUGAAUUUGGCAGCCCGGAUGAUGGUGCAGUACCCCGGGCUGGUGUGUUGUGACGCAGUGACCUACGCCGCCUCUCAGCUGCCCCCUUACUGCUUCAAGGAGCUGCCAGCGAGAGAGAUGAAAGGCAUUAGCUCUCCUGACACUAUCUAUCAAUACAUGGGGAUUGCCAAGAGGAGCAUGUUUGGCAUGGGUCUUGCCAAGGAGAGGUCGGAGUACGUCCCCUUGCUGGGUCGGGAGAAGGAGCUUGACCUCUUUGCCAGCUGCUUGAAAGCCUAUAAGGAUUUAGGACGAAGGCACGUCCUGGCAUUUGAAGGCACGAUGGGCUCCGGCAAGAGCCACUUACUUACUGAACUGGCCUAUUUAGGCCAGGCUGCUGGCCACAGGGUAGUUGCCGUGGAACUGCUAGAGCUCGACAUGAGGCAGUCCUUCUCUGCCCUCUGUGCGCUGAUGGCCAGGGCCCUGGGCCUCCAGGAGUGCGAAUCGUGCAGUGCCAGGCAGCGCGAGCUGCAGACAAAGCUCCGAGGGACAAUCGAAGAGAGCGGCUAUUGCCUCCUCAAUGACGUUUUCCUUGUCAAGUUUCCCGUUUCGGACAAGGUUCGCAAGAUGCGUGAAACUCAAAGAAAAAGGGAAUUGCGUUCGGCUUGGGCAAAAGUGCUAGAGAAGGCCAUCGGAAGCGACUUUGGCAUAUUUGUCAUCGACAACGCCCAUUUCAUCGACCCUGCCUCCUGGAGCAUCAUGUCACCCGUGCUCCAAAAUGUCUCCUUCUUCAUGGUCACGAGCCUAGCUCCGGGCUAUGCGAGAACAGAGAGUUUUUGCAAAGCUGCAGCAGCCAACACGACGUCCCAGAAAAUCACCUAUCUUCAUCUGGAUGAGCUGAAACCUUCAGCUGUGGUGCAGAAAGUCUGCCAGGACCUUGGAGUGGUCAGCAUCCCCAGGGAUUUAGCGAGGUUCCUGCUCCAAAGAAGCUCGGGGAUCCCAUAUUACUGUGAGGAGCUGCUGCGCUGCCUUCGUUGCAACGACACGCUCUUGUUCCGCACCCGGAGGCCGGGUGAAAAAGCAGAGGACGACUGGGAGAGCCUCGUCGCUGCUGCAGUCGAGAUUUCAGCCCUGGCAGCAACCUCGAGCUCCAGCGCCGGGAAUGAUGGCGGGGUCUGCAUCAUCAUCAGACCAGAUGUGAACCUGGAGAACACCGUGCUGCCCGCCGCCUUGAAAGAGAUUGCGCUGGCUCAGCUGGACCAGAUAAAGCCGCUGAAGCAGACGGUUUUGAAGUUUGCAGCUGUCAUCGGGCUGGUAUUUACCACCCAGCUGCUGUCGCACAUCCUUCCCACUGACAUCAGGCACAAGAUGAAUUUCUUGUUGGACAUGCUGGUGAGCGACAACAUCCUUAAGUGGCUGAAAAGCACAGAGGUGCCAGAAGAUGUCCAAGAUGCUACCGAGGGGCCAGCCAGUUCUCCGCAGGCAGGGCGCGGUGUGAAGAGGUCCUCUUGGAGCAAGAAGACGGUGGAGCGGCAAUCUGGCGUUCUGGUCUUCUGUGUCCCGCUGCUGCGGGAGGCUGCCUACGAGCUGUGGCUCGAGAGACAGCGGGUCGCCUUGCACCGUAAGUGCGCCGCCUUCCUGGAACGGCACGCGCACAAAUGCAAGAGCUGCAGCCAAGGCGACUUUGUUGACUUUCACCGCUUCGCCGUCACCGACACCCAGGAUGGAAGGAGCUGUCAGGGUCCUGCUGACCAGGACGACUCACGCAGCUGGGAGGCCUUGAGCGACCAGACGACUGAGCUGCCCAGCGAGACUGAGGGGAAGGACAACGGCACGUGCUCGUGCAAAUGCAAAGCCAUCGUGGAAUCGGUGCUUGUGCCUUUGGCGCGCCACUACGUGGCGAUGGGCGAUGCUGCCAGGGCCUUUUACUACCUUGUGGAGUGUGCGGCUGCCUACCUGCGCGUCUCCAACAGCUACAUGGCCCUCGUGAAGCUGAACGAAGCGGAGGUCCUGAGGAACUCAGUAGAGAAGAAAGCGAAUGCGAUAGCCCGCUUUGAUGAGGCCACCUUCUUCAGCCUCAAAGGGGAG